CAUGGGUAAUAUUUUUGUCAUGCAAAGUUUUGUAUAAAAAUGGAUGUUUAUGCUGAAACUCUCUUGCAUAGCUGAGAAAACCAAUAAAUAUUCCAGACAUAUUCCGUGCAAAAAAUUGAUGUGAGACUGAAGUGAAGGAAAAUGGCGGGAAUUAUGGGCGUGUUCGACACCGUCGAGGCACAAAACUGGCAGCGACAAUGGAAGGCCGUGUUUAUCACGCGGAAAGCCAUAUUGCCUUCUGUAAAGUCUGCGGCAAGUCUUUUACAUGCACAUAUUGCUACUCAGGCACAAUCUCAGCAAGCGAACAUUUAUUCACAAGACCACGGACAUCAUGACAUUUUGCGUGAUGAAAUAAGAAAACAACAUAAACAGACACCGUCUUGGAAGAACGCUCCGUCAAACACUUGGAACAAUGACGCGUUUUCAGUUGCUAAAUUGUUUAUGUCACCAUCUGGAUAUGACGGCAAAAGCAGCUUUGAACAAACAGACUUUAACGGAAUUGCAGACUUUAUAUGUAACUGCAGACGUUUCCCGGACUCCGUUGAGGCAUCAGUUGUUCAGGCUCGGGUUUCUACAAACAUGAUUCGCCACAUGCCGAGCAUGUGUUUAAGCGCUCUGACAGACCAGGCCACCAACGGUCAUAUAGACAACUUGGCUAAGCUACUGAAUGAACCACGAUUCAGCGGAGAUAGAAAAGUUCAAGAAGCAUUGAAUCAACUUUAUGAGCUAAAGACUACCCACCCUGAACUGCUUGGAGAAAAUUGGAAAUAUGUUAUUGAAGAUAUUUCAAUCCGAAUUAUUCAAGAUAUCCAUGACUUAUGCAAUGAUGAAAUGGAAUCAUGGAUAAAAGAGGCAGACAAAAAGAAAUUUGAUUUUCAGCUUCUCGGUGACAGCAUUCAGUGUGAAUUAAGAGCUCGAGAUGAAACCCUCUUUGGUGAUAUCAAACAAUUAGUAAACUUUUCAGUUGAAGCAAUAGCCAAAGCCAUUGAGGAUGGAAAAAAAAUAAUCGAAAAAAAGUCUAAGAUAGAAGAAAGAAAUAACAAGGAACAAACUGAAAUAGGAAAACGAAAUGAUGAUGCAAAUCAAAAGGAAUUCAUUGAUUUGACUACAAGACACGAUGAUCAAAGCAGAGUGCGUAAUGAAACAGGUUCAAGAUCCGCUUCCACAUUUGAAAAACUAGACAAAGUGCCUAGUGAACGUGAGUUAGUCACCAUUGCUCAAACCAUCGGGUCUGGAUGGCAAUUGUUGGCCACCAUGUUGGGCGUUAAAAAACCUGCCGUUGAGCGAAUAAUACUUGACAAUUUAAAAAGUUUAGACCAGAUUCGCAGUAUGCUGCAACAUUGGAAACAGGAGAAAGCACAUAAUGCCACCUUUAGGGCUCUUCUUUCUGAAAUAAAAAAAUGCCCUAAUGUUACCAUUGACUUGGAAGAAAUUAAAGGAAAACUGGGAAUUGACAUUGAACUUACAGAAGUGUUAAAUCAUCCUGAACCUCCACCCAAGGAAGCUGAGGCACAAAACACAAGGGCACACAAUGAGAUACAUGCUCAAAGAGUUGAAAGUGGACUUUCCGAAGAAAAUUUCGUUAUGCGAUUACAGAAAGAGACGCGUUUUGGAGACACUACAGAUAUGCCACCACUGAGUGAUUUAAUUUCGUCAUUUGAAGGACUAAGCAAAGAUUUGGUUAUGGUGAUGCAGCGUUUUAGAGAGUCUACUGCUAGGCUACCACGGAAUGAGUCAAACGUCGGAGGCACUGGAGUUAUGCCAGGAACAAAUGAGCCGCGUUUUGGAGCAACUCAAGCUAUGCAAUCACCAAAAGAGCUAGACUUAGCUAUGCCACCACUACAUUCAGCGUUAACAGGACAUGGCAGUAAUUAUGUGAAUGCAUUUCGACGAGAUUUGCUUGACGGCCGUCUUAUUAGUCUCAAUGAAUCACAAAUAGAAGACAUAUUGAACGGCAAACGAACGUUAGCAGCAAGAGAUGGUGCUCAAGUAUUUGCAACAUCGAACAAGAUUCCCGGUUUCAACAUAAAGAUGGUUAUAAAGAAACUGCACAUCGAUAGAGAUGAUCUUGAUACAAUGAGAUCAAUAACAAAUGCAAGACUUGCAUCAAGGAUUCUUCACUACGGGAUAGUUCCAUUAAUUGCUUUUCAUGAUGCGUUGCACGAAGAUCAGUCUAGGACACAUGGAUUCUUCUAUUUUGUGUCACCAUAUUUCGAGGGAGGAGAUCUCAUGACGGCUAUUGCAGAAGACACAAAUGCCUUAUUAAGAAAGGAAACAUCCCGUGUUAGAAUGUCGCAAAGGACGAGAUUAAAAAUAAUCAACCAAGUGGCUUCUGCAAUAUGUUACUUACAUACCCCUGUGGGGGACUUCAGGCAUGGUGUCUUGCAUAUGAACAUAAAGUCCUCGAACAUUGUGCUGGAUAUGAACAACAAUGCAAGAUUGAUCAAUUUCGGAUUAGAAAGAGAGAUGAAGGAACCUGAUUCUCAACGUUUUGUCACUUCAUCUCCACUUGCUGGAACUGUUGGCUACUUUCCAACAACAACAUGCAAGGGUUUGACCAAAUUCCAUGACUACCACUACUUUGGAGUUGUGAUAAGCGAACUACUUACUGGAAUAAGUCCAGUUGAAAUGUGUUGCACCCUUCAGACUAUGUCAUCACUUAGGUUGCAGGACAAAAUUCAGACAACAAUCUGGAAAAGACAUGUUUGGACGCCCCUCCUCGAUUUAGCCCAACGAUGUGUGGAAAGCCUGAUACAGCAUGCAGCAGCAAAAACAUUCCAGAUUUCUGAUAUGCUAAAGGAGCUGGAUUCACUAAUGCGAGGUGUAGAUGAGAGAAGUUGGACCAGAAGUCCAGGGUUGGAAUGCGAAAUGUGUCUAGUGAAUCAAGCUGCGCAUGAAAGCAAGUUUCUUAAACAUGACGUAACGUGUAGGUCUCCUAUCAGGAUGUGCGCUUCUUGCAUGAGGAAUUCCUUCAUGAAUCCAAUUAUGUGUCACUCUUGUAAAAAGAACAUUCAACCAUUAAUUGGGGAAAACUUGGGAGCGAUUUUGAUAGCAGGAAAUGACAUGAGAGAAAUUUUAGCAGAGGUAUUCAUCAACGAUGUGUAUAGACUUAAAGCUGUUAUCACAAGUAGAAGUGUUCCAGUCAUGUGUAUCAGGGAGGAAAACGUUAGUGUUGUAACUCCAGAUGAACCAGGCAAGGAAGACAACAAGAUGUGGUGCAAAGUUCAAAAUGCCUUUGAAAAACUCAACAAACAAAACCUCAAAACUCUGAUAGUGGUGUACUCGGGUAACUAUGGUUUCCAGACUAGACAAAAAAAUGCAAAAAUCAGAAACCAGUCAAUUGACCUUCCUAAGAGUGUGACAGGAUCAGCUAUUGAAGACAAUGUUAGCCUCUUCAAACUGAGUGAAAAUGAAUUGAUGAAAGACGUUGAAUUGAGCAAUGAAGUACAGAAGUUAACAACUGUUGACAAAAUUGUCCUUUUUGAUUGUUAUGCGGAUAUAAGAAGUGCAUUUAAGGGCAAGACUGUAGUGCAGUUCAACAGUAGUACUUCAAUGACUUCAGCCGUACCAGUGAAUAUUAAAAAGAAAGAAAGCACGUAUAUUGGUGCAUUGAUCAAAGCACUCACGGCAAGCGAGGGAACCAAACAUGAAUUGUACGAACAUACAGAUUGCACGAGAUGUAAAGACAUUGCCGACACAUUGUUCAUAGGAAACUUUCUGACAGUGAACUCCUUGCAGACAUUUAUUGAAAGUUAUAUUGAACAUACUGAUAUGAUGAUACACCGUGAGAUCCCGUCAGUUUCAGUACAAAAUCUUUCUAGUAUUGACGCCAUUCUGGCCUACAGAUACCAAUUCCCAUUAGUCCCCGUUCAAGUCAAGAUAAAGACACCAAAAGGCGUUGUAGGAGAGAUUGAAUUAACCCAUCUGAAUUAUUUCGAUAAUGUGAAUCAGUUGAGGGAAUUCCUUCUUAGAAGAAUAUUAGGCAAUGAUGAAUCUACAAAAUACCUCGUUAUAAAGGAGGAUCAAAUGACCGCCUGUGCUGCCGCUGUUAGCAUAGGAUUAGAAACUGGAACACCCGAAAACCAUUUGAAGGAGAUUAAAUCUCUUGAACAGGUUACCUCAGCUUGGAAAGCUCGAAUACCACUUAUAGCACAACUUCGAAAUGUUUCGAAAAUUGGCUUUCAAAACUAUGAUGCGGCUGACAUUGUUUCACCAAACGAUGUUGAAGACAUCUUUAAGGAAGUGAGCUCUGUGCCACCAGAUCUUUGCUCUCAUAAUCCGUCAGAGGACGAAGAGCGGUUUAUAGUGGACGCAAAUAACCUUGGGCGUUGUGUAGAUAAACUCGAAAAACGACGUGGAAAUGAACAAGGACGCUUGGAUAAAGUUUUCUUUGACUUUUACCAAAGCUUGGACAUCAUAGACUCCUUUCUUCGUAACAAACACGAGGAUGUUUCAGAUGUGAAAGUUCACAUAGUUUUCCCAAAGAACAAUGUCGAAGGUGUCCGAAAAUUCUGGCCAUUCAUAUACUAUCACCUAGAAUGAAUUGUGCAAAGUGUGAAAUUCCAGUUUGCAACAAGAGAUUUCUAACUAAACUGGGUUUUGUGCCUCCUAGCCUUGUGUUGGGCCACAAUGACUGAUACUCAAACCCAUUUUAAGGGAUUGGUUUACUUUGUCUGUUGACGUCCCCGAAAUUACAAGCAUAUACAUAUAAAUACCUUGUGCAAAUAAACAAAACUUUUUUUUUAAUUUUGUGAAUGAUAUGAUGAACUCGACUAGAGUAUAAAGUAUACUCCCCCUCUCCAUCCCAAAUUCAUUUGUGAGUGGUGACGAUACGUUUUGGCGAUAUUUGUACAUGGGCGUUCUCGGUUGUGUGCACCGUAAGGGCCAAACCAAUACAAAUGAAAACAGGUUUUAUGGUAAAAACAAUAUCUGUCUAUAAACUUACACAGUCGAGUUCGUCACCGUGAUUCACGAACGUAAAAAAGGCUUUGGAUUUAUCAUUUACGCUGUCUUAUGACAAGUGAGUUGCACGCAUAUUUUGUCUUAGUUUAGCACAUUCAUUUAUAUAUAUAUAUAUAAAUAUAUAUAUUGCUAUGUUAUUUACUAUUACCUAUAUAAUUAUGCAUUCACUAGUAUUAUCUUAAUAUCAUAAAAAACAUAAUUGUAAGAUAAUAGCUGUUAAGUUUUACCUGUGGUAAAUGUACUUCCCAUAUAGAAUGGUUAUUGGGCGAGUAUUUUUUUAAUCAUACGAAUAUGUGUAAAAUAAGCAAACGAAUACAAGCAUGACAUCAUACGGCAGUUAUAUGUUGACUUUAAAACUUUCGCUGAGUACAUGAGACCUAUUUUGAUGUGUAGAAAGUUGAAAUAUUUCAUAUGAUUGUAUUUUGAAAAUUCAUUAAAUCUAUUUUAUUAUUCGUGAUAUAAUUAAAUUAAGGUGCCGAAAAACUGUUGAAAAGCUUUACAGGAAACGUAUUAUACAUGCUCAUAAGUAUCCUUUCCUAAUAUAUAUGCCAUUACUCUGAUUUUAGUAAAUUAUCUAUUAUUCCGUUCUCCAAAUAAAAAAGCUCACGCGCUUUAGCACCCACUUGUGGUGCUUUUACGAAUGAUGAAGCUAUCAUUUUCAAACGCAUUAAAUAAUGAAGAAUUAUAUGUCGCUGAAAUAAUACAUUUCACUUUUAGACUUAACACUAAAGGAUUUGUCAUCGAGCUGCCUAAAUUUACAUCCGAACGCGAAAUGGACCUCAACUCAUCACUGCACUAUGUAACUGAAUACUUCUUUACACCGGAUGUGCACAUAAGAGUUCUUUAUUUGACCUAUUCAACAUUUAAUUUGAUAGCGUUGAAUAUGCUUCAACAUUUUCCUCUUCAAAGCUUGUCAUUUGAUUUAGUCACAUAAGGUAACAGAGAAAAUUAUUAAUCAGUGACAAUUGAUAACAUAUCUAACAUUGAGUAAAAAAAUUACUAAGGCCUUCCCAUUUCUUUGUUGCGUGGGAUUUGAUCUAAUAUUAAUUAGUUACAUAAACGCAAAUUAUAAAAUACAAGCCAUUGAAGAAUUAAAAACCAAAUUCCCAUGAUAAUCCUGAACUUUGCUUCUUUUUCAUUUUCCCUUCAUAUUGUUAUUUAAAAGAUAUACACCGCGGAUGAAUUCUAUUAAAGUGUUUCAGUCAUUCACACAUAUAUGGACAUACAUUUGCACCGGUUUAUGCAACAAGGUUACGUACCUUGGAAAUUUUUUCAAUGCACACUUUUUUAGGCUUGAAUUUCUAUUGCUAGAAGUUUUGUUACUGCUGCUAGACUACAUGUGUAUGUUUUGCUUUGUAUUUACAGUUGAUUUCAUGGUUUAUUUAGUAGAUUUUUAUCAUUGUCUGUUCUGACAUUGAUUUUAAUUUUGAAUUAAUGUGAACUAUAAGUAUCUUCCAUGGCCGAUAGUGUAAGAUAGGUUCAUUCCAACCCGAUUGUACGGUGUUUUGCGGAAACGAGGUUUACCGAGUUUCCGCAAAUCACCCUGCGCGAGGGUCGGGAUGAAUCUAUCUUACACGAGCGGCUAUGGUAGAUGCUUUUUAUGUGUAAUUUAUAUAUAAACAUUUAUCAUUGUUCUUACAUCGAGUUUAAUUCAUGUGUACAUUAUUGUUAUGUGUAAUUUAAAUAUAAAUAUUAAUCAUUGUUCUCAGUGGCGGAUCUACUGGGGGGGCACGAAGGGCCCGUGCCUCGCCCCCCCCCCCCCCGCCGGCAAGUUAUGUUUUUUGGGGGCACAUCUUUAUUGAUUUAACUGUACAAAUAAGUUUUUUUUUCACAGUUUAAAGUUAAUAGCAUUAUUUGAGCAAGUAAACAAUUGAAUCUGAUUUUCGUGUUCCAGUAUUUAUGGUAAAUUGCCAAUUUCAAAAUAUAAUACUGUAAAGUAUACGACACUAAUCUCUUGAAAAUGACAUCAUGGCGGGGCCCGAACAUUCGAAAAUGAUAAAUUGGCGCCGCAUUUUACACCGCCAGCUGAUUAAAAGUAAACAAAUAUGGUUGUUUUUUACAUCAGUUAACUUAAAUGACAAUGACAUCCGAAGUAAAGUAUCGUUGAGUUCAAUAUAUACUUAAAGCUACUGUAGGUUUAUAUAGUAUUUAUUCUACAUGUGUGUAUCUCAGGUGGCCGAGUGGUAAACGACUUUGGUUCAAUCCCGGCGACCCCGGUUCGAUUCUUCUCACUGGCAUGAUAUAUUUUCUUUUGUGAAAGGUGUUUCUUAUAUCACUUCAUGCUAUCUUUUUAAUUCAAUUGCACUGCUAAACACCAUUGACAGCGUAAACAAAUGUUCAUUCCAUAUCAUUAUUUGAUUAAAAUAAUGCAUUCCAAAAAGGUUUUAUGUGAUUAUUAUAAUUUGUGCCUCCCCUCCCCCAUAAUAAUAAGUUGUGCCCCCACCCCCACCCCCAUUUAGAAAGUCCUGGACCGCCUCUGGUUCUUACAUUAAUUUGAAACAUUUGGACAUUUAUGUUAUGUGUAAAGCGUAAUUUUGUAAUAUUAACAUUCAUCAUUGUUCUUACAUCGAUUGAAUUCAUGUGGAUAUUGAUGUUAUGUGUAAUUUGAAUAUAAACAUUCAGAAUUGUUCUUACCUUGAUUUGAAUUCAUGUGGACAUUUAUUGUCUGAAUUGUAGAUUGAUAUGUUUUGGCAGUAAUGUCGAUUUAAUUACUAAGUUUAUAUACAUUAUUGUGGCACGACAAUUUAGCAACACAAUAGUGUUAUUAGUACUGCGUUUGAUCCGGGAGGUUGUAUUCGACUCGAGUGGAUUUUUGCAGAGGCGAUAGCCAAGUGAAAUCAAAAUCUGAAAAAAAAUCACGAGAGUCGAAUACAACCUCCCGGACCAAAACGCAGUACUAAUAACCCUUUUAUUAUAAACAUAUCUGGUUAGAUCACUUAAAAGCCACAUGUUUUCAUAAUAAAUGUCAUUUUAACGACGCACUAUUUUGUUUUAUGACGUCAUUUUAACAUCGCGAAACGAUACUUGUUAUGACGUGACGUCACAAGAGUGGAAUACGGCCGUAUUGCACUGGAGUGAAAAACGGACUACUGUAUUUUGUGACAUGUAUUGAGUGUGGAUUUAUGAUUGGUAUAUGAUAAAUAUGACUAUAU